AUAAAUAAAGCUUAAGCAACGAAGGGCUCUCGGGAUUAUUCUGCAAACUGUGUCGUUCGUGUCCGGGUGGAUGCAGGAGCUCAGGGCCUACCGACGUUAAGGUUGAUCGCAGUGAUGUUGAUUAGAUUCAUAACUUUUCUACUCUCCCUGCAUGUAUCCAAAACACUUCACCUGAUGGAAAACGCUAAAUGGUAUGAAGAAAAGCUAGGCGAUGUUCAGGAGAUCGCUGCAUUCGUGUGCGUUAAUUUACAUCUGGAUUUGGUAAAACAUCGCCAUGAAGCUGAACUUCUUACAAAUGGUUCGCAAACGUUGCAUCUAAUGUGUGAACAAUUAAUUGAGUCGAAAACUUACGAUCGCUGUAAAACGAUUUUGCGCUACGAUUUACCUGACUACAGCACGCUAGCCGAUCAAAUUAGGCUAAGUACUAGUGAGGCCAGAUACAGUCCUGACGAUCACAGGAAAAAAAUCCAAUACCAACGUACUGUUACUUUAGACAUGUUUAGCUAUGACAUCUUCAAUCAAAACCUAGAUUCUGUAAACACGAGUUCCAAUGCGGAAGUUCUUGCUGGAAUGCUACAAGACUUAGCACAAACAGUCACACGAAAGCAGCAAGUAGUUAGCAUGCUCACGAAACCUAUCGAAGAUGAUUUUUAUUUUAAAUCGUUGCACUCUCUAAUGACGUUAUCGGAGAGGAAUCAAUUACUAGCAAAAAUAGUUUAUCAUUGCAGUACAUUAAAGUACGCAGUCAAUGCUGAUGUAACUACUCUAAUCCGUAUUUUAGAAGCCGUGCAUUGCAAACGCUUCGUCUCGAAUGAUCACAUUUUGGUGAAAUUGAGUGUACCGCUUGUAAAGGAAAAAAACUAUAAGGCUCUUAAAUUAACCAUACUGCCAGCAGUUAACGAUGACGUGCUGGUGUUUCCACAAAUUGACAAGGACGUCUUUUUUGUUGAUGAAAAUAAACAUUUCGUAGGCUCCAUCAACUACAGCACCUUUAGAAACGUGUGCCAAUCGCUAUCCGGUACAUUUAUUUGUAACUUUGCACGCAUUAGGAAGGACAAGAAUGCACCGCACAAUUGUGUGUCUGCUUUAGUGUUUGGUCAACGAACAACCGCGUGCCAGACGUUGGUAAUGCGUAGCAAACAAAAUGUUUGGCUGGCUACACAAAACCCCAACAGUUGGUUGUACAUAUUUCCCCGAAAAGAGUCAAUGCUGCUAACGGUGGAUGGUAAACGGACUAAGAAAACCUUUCAUGGCACUGGGUUGUUUAACCUUGUUCCAAACUCGACUGCCCAAUCGGAUAGCUUCGUGAUACGAUAUACAAAUGAGCCUCAUACAGCUCGUGGACAAAUCAGACCGUUGCCUUUUAAUGUAAGCUGCCAGACGAUCAACGCUAUGUCGAUAUUGAAUGGCUCUGAACCACAAUCACCCACGAGCAGAGUGUUGCUAACUCAGGAAGAAAAACAUUUCUUGUUUGCUUCGGGAAUCGAUGAAAAUCUGCUACACCAUUUGUGGAAAAUGCAACAAGCGUCCACCGAGGAUGAUCCUAAUACGGUGCUGUACAAUGUGCUUACCGUGAUCACGCUGGUGAUCGUUAUGUUUUGUCUACUCAUAGUUUCGCUUUGCGACACAGGCAAACAGGAUUUGAAUGCUCAUCAUGAUAAAGAAAGUCCCAUCUUUGUAGUAAAUAUGUAA